CUAGAGCGAAUAGAGACCGAGUAGUAGUCCGCUUCGCGCUAUUCGCGCCACCACGGUCCUCGGUACAUGGUUCUCUUUAACUUCUGACUGGUUCGGCUCUGUCUCAAACCUGCCUCUUCCCCCUCUUUUUACCGCUCGCUCUUGCUUUUCUCUCUUUUUCUUUCUGUUACCUAUCUCUCUUUCUCUCUUUCUCUCUCCCCCACUCUUCCACUCUCUUACUCUGUUCCUCUCAUCACACUCUCGCUCGCUUCUCCCCGCCGCCGUCAGGUCGUGGUCUUCCCUCCCCUAUCCCCAUACUUCGCCUGACGACGCUGCUCUCUCGGGCAUUUUACUGAGAGCCGACGACGCGCGAGUACUAAGAGUUUUGUUCAACGCAUUACGUACCAUCUAUCUUUUUUUUCUCAUCAUUCCGCAAGCGGACACGCAGGCAUCUAGAGGCAUCUCAGGGUUCCAAGUGAAGACGAAUUAAAUAUAAAAGAAUUCAUUAUGAGUACUAAGGAAAACAACGAAGUCGCCGUAGAGAAAGCGGCUGAUAAUGACAAAUCUUCAGCCGACGCGAAGUGUGAGAUCAAGGGAAUCAAGAGGCCGGCCGAGGAGAAAAAUGACGAAGUCAAAAAGCAAAAGAAGGAAGAGAAUGGAGAUGGCGAUAUAGAAGAAGAGGAAAUAGAGGAAGAGGUAGAAGAAGAAGAAGAGGUAGAUGGUGAUGGUGAGGAAGAUGAUGAAGAAGAUGACAUACCAGAAGGAGAGGAAGAUUUGGAAGAAGGAGAAGAAGAAGAAGAAGAUGAAGCAGAGGGUGAAGGUGAAGAAGUGGAGGAUGAGGAAGAAGACUCAUAAUGAAAAGAUUGGAAAAUUAAUGUAAGUAAAAAGGGAGGAAGGCACGUGGCAUCAUCGUCGAUCUUCGGCAAUAUUUUCAGCAAACACUUACUCUCAUAUUGAGUGGUUGGUAACAAUGUUGAUAUCGAUCGUGCCCAAUCAAUGUCACUGGAUCAUCCUCCUGAACUACAAAAUAAAAAUUACCAUCUCACCGGAGUUGUGUCGGGCUGACGCAUUAUAUUAAUGCAGUCGCGUUUCUUAUAUUGUCUUGGCUCUUCGCAAUUCUAAUAUCUUCUAGCCAUCACCAAAUACUAUUAGGUCGUUCGCACGAAAAUUGUACAUUUGUCCUGAGGACAGCAAUAAACUGAUUAAUAAAUUUCCAACGCAUAUGUAUAUAUAAAUAUUAUAUAAACAUAAUUAUAAUUUAUAUUAUUAUUAUUCUAAUAAAUAAUGAACACACAUUAUUAUGUUUAUAUAUAUAUUUAUAUACAUGUAUUUAGGCUCCGUAAUAAUAUACCAAUUAAAAUCCUGGUAUGUUAGAUGGCUGCUGCUUGUCCUCGAGACAAAUAUGCCACUUUAAUAUGAACCACCUAUUAAACUGGUAUUUGCCGUCAUCUGGCUUUCUGAAAAGAAAAUUUUUUAAUGAAAACUUAUUUAAGAAUAAAUAAGAAAAAUAAAAAAAUUUUAUUAUAUUUAAAUAGUGUACAAUGAACAUUUGAAUGCGACAGUUUUUUUAUAUUUGAAAUCAAAUUUACGUUUAUAGUUCAACGAAUGUCUCUCACCUAGUGCGUGUGAUUGAGUUUUUUUUUUUUUUUUUUNUCAACUGAUGUGUAAUAGCAGUGUUUUCGCAGGAGCGCGAGGCUCGCAAAGUAUAAAUCGUAUGGUAUAUGAAUGUGGAGUGCAUUAAUAAAAAAAAACAAAACGGAACGAAACGAAAUGAAACUAGACGAAACUUAAGCAAAAAUAAAAUUCAACUAAGGUAUAAAUCGUAUGGACAUCUCUCGACAUUCGGAUGUGUAUAUAUAUAUGUAUACGCAAACUAGAGAAAUUCAUAAAAAAAAAAAAAAGAAAAAAAAAUACAAAAAAAAAAAGAACCCCCACCGCUUCGUGCUCCUGUAAAAUAAAGAGGCAGGUAUAUUAAGGUUAUGUAAAUGCAAUGUUCGCGUCAGGUAGUUGUAUGGAUGAAUAAUGUGUGACUUAAGCAUUGCAUAAUAAUUAUACAUAGUAUGUAUAAAGUUAUGAAAUAAGAAACAUUUUAUUAUUAACGAUAAUAUUAUGUAACGUAAUGUAAUGUAACGUAAUGCGGGGAGGUUGUUACUCUUUAGAUUUGGGCAUAGCGAGUAGGGAGAGCAUUUAUAUAUCCAAUUCCCAAAGCUCACAUUGACUGCUGCGUUCCAUCAUCGUUGUUUAAUUUCUGUUGAUUUAAUCUGUUUUAUUUUACUUUUAUGCAAACACAUCAAAGAAUCAAUCCUAUAUUUAUAUUAUUUCUUCUUGCAGUUAUUUGAAAUAAAAGAGGAAAUGUAAAGUAUGUAAUAGGCAUUCUAUAAAAUCUUACAAAUUAUUUUAUUAUGGUUUAGAUCACGUGUAUUUGAUAGUAUAGUAGUAAAAGAUCCGAUAACUCUCCCUAUUCCAGUGUUCUCUCUCUCUCUCUCUCUCUCUCUUUCUUUCUCUAUUUCUCUCUUUCACACUUUCACUCACACUCACUCAUUCACUCACCUUCAUUUGAGCGUAUUCGAUUGUAUUUUUUAUGUACUGCGGUUUUACUUUGACUUCAUUGUCAUGGGCUACUCAUAGCAAUGAUUCUGGUUGACUGUCGCAGAGAAUAAGUGAUGGGGGAGUUUAUUUCUAGUGAUUCCUUUUCAUUCGUGACGAUCGGUAUUUAACGGUAACGUUAUUCAUAUGUAUCCGCAAAAAAUAAAAAAUUGAUCAAAGACAGAGUUUUUAGCAGAUCAUUCUUUACGCUUGAUAAAGAUGAUUAUCACUUAGUUACAUUCGACAGUCAAAACGCGAUGAUGAUGAUGAUGCUCUUUAUACAUUUAGUAUUAAGAGUUUUGAAGGAUCAGUUGCUAAUACAGAUGCGUCCAUAUUGUCAGUUACUUUUUUGGGAGACUGUUAAAUAAAAAGAAGGGUGAAGAGACAUUGCGGUUACGACACCAUUGUACCAUAGCUGCAUAAUAAUUAAAUAAAAAAUAAUGAUAAUUUGAUGAAUGCGAGAGAAUGUCCCACGUUUUAAUGUACAAAUAUUUUCGAAUGAGAUAGUUUAAUAAACACAGUAAGAUCGGAUAAAUCAAUUCGUUCUCGUGAAGUAGUAAUGAGUUUUAAUAUUUUAAUGAAACAAAAAAAAAAAAAAUAAUAAGAAUAAGGAAAAAAAAAAUAAAAAUUAUAAGAACAAUCGCGGUUUUAUAGACUGCCCCAUGAUGUCUCAUAUGACCGUGAAAAAAAAAAAAAGAAUUAGCUGGUAUGAAACUUAAAGAGAUGAACUGGACCGUGUCCUUCCGUGCUUUUAUUUUAUAGCACGACUGUAAGUGCGAUCGUUUGUAUGUAUAUGUGUGUAUGCGUGCGUGCAUGCGUGCGUGUGCGUAUUGUAUCCUAGACCUACAAGAUCAAUAAGAAAAAGACAGAAAAGAAAAGAAAAGAAAAGGUGUGGAAUGAAACACGAGCGCACUCAAAGAGACGCGAUGAGAUAUCGUCAGGCUGAUUCUUUAUUAAUAAAUACGGGCCAAUACCAUUUCUGGCAGUUUCUCUGUUAAACAAAACAUAACUACGGUUUUAUACACAAACUGCUACUGUAUGUACACGUGCUUGCUUCAAGAUAGUACCUUGACUCUAAUUUUGUUGACAAAGAACUAUCUUAAAGUAUGGAUGCAAGAGAAAAGAUAAAGCUGAGUACACUUUAGCAUUCAUAGUAUACUAUACGUACACUAUAAGUAUAGGUUUAUUUAAUUUUAUUAAUAUAAUAAAAUGUCAAGUCCCGUUCGCAACACAACCAGAAUAACAAAAUAAAAGAAAAAAAAAAA